CUUUUGCACCAUGCGAUCGGAUCCCUGCCCUGACCCCUGCGCUAACCCUAGCGUGGUGCGCUAGUGCACUUUAUUUCAACAACCUCUUUAUUUCUCUGCAUCUACAAUACCCUACACUACACCCGCGCAGCACAUGCUCGCACUCUAUGCCCCCUUCAAAACAAUGGAAACGAAAUCUUCAUGCUCCCCACAGUUUCAACCCGGGGAUGCUCUCUGCACCUUCUCACUGUCGGCAUCGCGUCCACUGCCGGUCGUACUUGCUAUGCCCGAAGGGCUGCAGUCCCAAGCAAUCUGGAAGUGUCUGUCAGCACUCAUGCCGCUCCGGCAGUAACUCUUCCUCCAACCACGAUGAUCUUCCCCUGUUUCAGACCGGUCCCUCCGCCUUGCCCUGCCAGAACGGCACAGUCUCUCCCGUUGCUGGGACGGAGACGCCAGCUCCCUGGACGACUUCACUGCCCUGGUCGUCCGGUUCUCCGGAUCAUCAGCCGCAGUCAGAUUUGGCUACGAUUCUGCUGUGCAACUGCAGAGGCACCCACCAUGACCGUCCUUUACUAGACAAAGAUGACCCAGCUACGCUCUGCAUGCAGCAUGUUGACAGAACAAGAGAGUCGAGACCCUUAGAAUACACGAAAAGCCCGUAAAGUGCCUCGGAGUUUCUAAUUCUGGUUCAAAGGAGUGGUAUGGGAGUUAGGAACUCUGCGUCCACUCUACAUUGCAUGGCCUC